UAUUAAAUUUGGCCUUUGACCCUUUGGCAAGAAGAAAUAGAAGCAGAUCCUUUCUGAGGCCUUAGCGCCUUGGCCUUGUGAAGGAGGCUAAGCUAGAGGCCAGCUCAUGAGCUGGUGGUGAUGGCCGUGUACCCAGCUCAACUGACAGUGGAGGAGAAAAACCUCAAGAAAAGAUAUGCAAAGCUUCUGGAGAAGCGUAAGCAGCUACUCAAGUCACAAGAGAAGCCAUUGCUCAAAUCCAGCUCUACCAAGCCCUCUGGAGAGAUACUGUCUCCUAGAGAUGCAAUGGCUGCUGCUAAGAAGCUCCUAGAGGCUGGGAAACUGAAACUUGGCAAAAAGAAUCCAGUCAAGAAAACGGGAUUCAAGAGAGUGGGAGAGACACCGAACGAUGCACCACCGGCCAAGAAAGCCUCGACUGUCAGCUUCUCUCGAUCUCCUAAGGAUCCAAUAGAACAGCAGCAACAGCAACUGAAGCAGAAAAAAGUGGUCGAUCAGAUUCAUUAUCAAAAGAGCUUGUACAAGAGAACAUUUGUGAAGGGAUCUACUGCCAGGGAUAUUGAGCGUAUUCCUAAGAAACAAGAAGACGACGUCGCCACGGCAACUACUGACAACAAGGUCUCAGGGACACUCAAGGAGCGUACAGUGUAUGUGCGGGUGGAGUUUGGUCCCGUGCUCUCUGAGAAUGCUUUGCAGAAGGCGUUCUCAAGAUUUGGAGAAAUUGAUAAAAUAGAACUUCGGACAUCAGCAAAGUCAGCCUUUGUCAGUUUUGUGAGUUUGUCUUGUGCCUCGGCAGCCGCCAGAAAGAUGAACCGUGGUAUGAUUCGUGGAUAUGAGGUGAUAGUUCAACCAGCGGGAGAUGAGAACCACUUUGUAGAGCUUGCUGGAGAGGCAGCCUCUAACCCAUGGGCCGUCAUCGCUGCUGGUAAGGAAGUGUCUGCUCCAGUCAAGAAAGCUCAGUCACACAGAACUCAGAAAUCUUAUGAAAACAAUGACUUUUAGGGCAUCACAUUUUUUCUCACUCACUUAAAUCAAUUCAUCUGAUUUGCUUACUGUGAUAUCAUUACACUGUGUAGUCAACAGUAAAUUAAAAACAUAACGUGUGUACAUGUGCCAUAAAAAUGGAUUAAUAAUAAA